AUUGGUGUGUUUUGCUUGUGCUCCAUUUGUCAUCUUGUAUUUGGCUGCUUAGAUUGCUCACAUAAAACACUGCACAACAACGGUGCUAUGGCGACCACACUAAUGAGAAUGGCUACCGCAUUACACAUCUGUUCAGCUUUUCUAGCCUGCUUCAUUUUAGCUAAUGUUUCCCUCUACUGGUCCUCUCAGCUAAAUCUACGAACGCUUGAGAAACAGUUUCGUCAGACGGAUUCCUUCGAAGAUGUAGAAAUGGAGUGUGAAAUCAGCAAUAUUUCAUCCACAAAUUCUUUUGUCGUUACGACGUUAACGUUCGGUGACUGGUUGAAUCUAACUUCUGAGUCCCUUCGCGAUAUAUUUGCACCAAACCAGUCUGAAACUCAUGCGCACUACAAAACAAUUUCGCUUUUCCAA